AUGAUGCCGCAAUCGCCGAGGGGAGACGGGCCGCCCCAUCUCCGCCUCAACUCGGGCUCCCACGAGCCCAGGACCGACGACAACUCGAUGCCUGCUGUGCGCCCCAACACGGCACGAACCAACUCUGCGCGCUCGUUAACCCAGCCAAUCCGUCCUGGCACAGCCCCAAGUCAAGGCAUCCGAUCGCCCGGCGCGCCCGAUGUAUACAGCAAUGCGUCCAUCGCAGAGUCCGCUGAGAUGUUGCUCCCGCCGCAGAAGAUCCGCACGCAGCGCUCCUACCGAGACGAAUCGCCCAUGCAAUCGCCCUCUGGCUUUUCCUCGCGGCGGACAAGUUGGAGCUCAGACAUGACGGGAGGGCCUUUCGCUUCGCCUUUCGACGACUCGAGAGCGCCGUCGCGAGCUGGCAGCGAAGAAGAUCUCAACACCCAGACUGUCUCUGAGAAGUUCAACAUUCACCCAUCGGCUGGAUUGUUGCUCUUCCCGGAAGACGUGGAGAAGGACGACUACCUGCACAAUCCCGACCCGAACGAGAAGGACAAGAGAGACUGCGAUGUCUUCACGCGGAGAGGUAUAGUCAAUCUGGGUGGAUUGGCCAUUCUCGCGCUCGGUCUUCUCAUGCUUUUCAUCGGUUACCCCGUUCUCACCUUCGUCGAGGAUCUCACGGCACCAGAACGAGGCCCAUGCACAGACAAUCCUCUGUGCAUAGAAGGCAAGCAAAACGAGCCGCUUUUGAACAACCUACGAAAGGGCCUCAUUGAUCCCGAUACGCCCAAGGAGGCCAUGACGCGCACAUCGUACAACGGCGAGGAGCAAGUCUUGGUCUUUUCAGACGAGUUCAACACCCCCGGUCGCACGUUCUACGAUGGCGAUGACCCAUUCUUCCAAGCUGUCGACAUCUGGUACGGUGCUACUAUGGAUUUGGAGUGGUACGACCCAGAUCAAGCCUACACCGAAGACGGCGUUCUCGUCCUGAAAUUCACCAAAGAGAAGAGCCACGGCCUCGAUUACCGUUCUGGUAUGAUCCAGUCGUGGAACAAGCUCUGCUACAAGGGUGGACACUUGGAGGCCAGCAUUUCGCUGCCUGGUCGUGGUAACACGAGUGGUUUCUGGCCCGGUUUCUGGACUAUGGGCAACUUGGCUCGCCCCGGUUACCUCGCCUCGACUGAGGGUCUUUGGCCAUACAGUUACCACGACAAGUGCGACAUUGGUAUCACGCCAAACCAGAGUUCAUACGACGGUCUCAGCUACUUGCCUGGUAUGAAGCUACCCGCUUGCACCUGCGACGGCCAAGACCAUCCCAGCCCCGGCAAAUCCCGCAGUGCUCCGGAAAUCGAUGCUUUGGAAGGUUCAGUUCAUUUCCUCGGUCCUGGAGAGUCCAACGCCAUUGGUGUCGUGUCUCAGUCCUUCCAAGCAGCACCGUUCGACACAUGGUACAUGCCUGACUACGAAUACAUGGAACUCUAUGAUACCUCGAUUACCACGAUGAACGCUUACAAGGGUGGUCCCUUCCAGCAAGCUAUCUCUGGGUUGACCAACUUGAACAACGACUGGUACAACGGCAAGCAGUAUCAGACAUACUCAUUCGAGUACAAGACCGGCGACGAAGGUUUCAUCACCUGGUAUGUCGGAGAGGACAAGACCUGGACCAUGUCCGCACCAGCGACGCGUGCCAACGGUAACAUUGGAACGCGAGUCAUCCCGGAAGAGCCAAUGUCCAUCAUUGCCAACUUCGGAAUGUCGAACAGUUUCGCAGCCAUCAACAUUGAGGACAUCGAGGCGCAUGACCUCCCGGCCAAGAUGCGGAUAGACUACAUUCGCAUCUACCAGCCAAAGGACAACCAGAUCAUGACUUGCGAUCCCGAGGGCUACCCUACUACCGACUACAUCAGGAACCACCCUGAGCCUUAUGCGAACCCUAACAUCACUGACUGGAAAUCCAGCAAGUACGACUGGCCCAAGAACUCCUUCAUGGAUGGUUGCAAGGCAGAAGUAGAGACCUAG